AUGACUACCAGCCCCAUCCACAACCGCUUCCUCGCCAACCAGGAGGACUUGGGCGUUCUGGCCGUUGGUUUCUCCGGAGGUCAGGGCAAAAUUGGCGUCGACGAGGGUCCCGAGUUCCUAAUCAAGGCCGGCCUUCUCACCCAGCUCAGCUCCGAGCUGGGCUACAAGCUUCACGGCGAUGACCAGGUGCAUACGUACUCGGACCUGAUAGUCCAGUCGCCCGAGGAUGACCCCCGCUACCGUAACAUGAAGAACCCUCGCUCCGUGUCGGCCGUCACCCGCCGCAUCUCCCAGCAAACGUAUGAGCACUCGCGCCAGGGCCGCAUGACGCUCACCCUCGGCGGUGAUCACAGCAUCGGCAUCGGCACCGUCACUGGUGUCGCCCAGGCCACCCGCGAGCGCCUAGGUCUCGAGACGGCCGUCAUAUGGGUCGACGCCCACGCCGACAUCAACACCCCCGAGGCUAGUGAGUCCGGAAACGUCCACGGCAUGCCCGUCGCCUUCGCCACCGGUCUCGCCAAGGACGACAACGAAGAAUGCUUUGGCUGGAUCAAGGACAACAUGCUCCUCAACCACCGCAAGCUCGUCUACAUCGGUCUCCGCGACGUCGACGUUGCCGAGAAGAAGAUUCUUCGCGAACAUGGCAUCAAGGCUUUUUCCAUGUUCGACGUUGACCGCUAUGGCAUCGGUCGCGUCGUUGAAAUGGCCCUCGCCCACAUCGGUGACGACACCCCCAUCCACCUGUCCUUUGACAUUGACGCCCUCGACCCCCAGUGGGCUCCUAGCACCGGAACCCCCGUCCGUGGCGGUCUGACCCUGCGCGAAGGCGAUUAUAUCUGUGAAAGCGUCCACCAGACCGGUAACCUUAUAGCCAUGGACCUGGUCGAGGUCAACCCCAGGCUGGCCGCCAAUCAGGAGAUGGCUGUUCAAGAGACUGUCCGCGCGGGCUGCUCGCUUGUGCGUUGUGCACUGGGUGAGACGCUUCUGUAA